AUGUGUAUAUCACAACUACGACACUCGGUGAAGCAUCUACGGCUUCAACCGGUCAGAUAUCUAUCAUAUUCGCGUUUGAGACACCAAAACACCCAAGGCCCAAGCUUCUUCUCCAAUACUAAAUUCGACUUCCAAUUGCAAGAUUAUAACCCAGACGAGGAUGACACUCCGCAAAAGAUAAAGAGUUUCUACAAGAGCCGACCACCCUUCAUCCAGUUUGUGUUGAAACCACAACAAUUAAACUCAAAGAUUACCGAGCUUGAAGAUAUCCUACUAAACAAGUCUUAUGCUCCAGUAGACACAUAUAAGGAGAUAACCGAGACAAAUUCCAACCAGGUACCUAUUUGUGGAUCCUUUGUUUGUUUCAAGUCGCCCAUCAACCACUCGCUACAUGUUGGGUUGGUGUUGAGAGAAGCUUUAUCCAAGUUCAACAAUAAUCUCAAUAGAUUAACAGUGCUAACUUUGGAGAAUACUCUCCGAGAGGUGCAUUCUCAGGAUGUUCUAUUCCACUGCCAUGGAGUGUUGGAUUCAGACUGGGUGGGGUCCCUUCAAGUGCUUGAAAACAGACACGAGGAACAUUUCUACAGCCGUUUGCUUGUAGUAGACAUUCUCAAGCAUUUUGUGAACAAAAGUUUGGACGUGAUCAAGACCAUAACCCUUCCCACCAACCUACUUGAUAUCUUCUACGCCCAGCAUACCUCUAAAGACUUUUUGGUUGGUGUUUGUUUGCAUGAAGUGUUGGAACUACUUAAGUUAAACGAAGAAACUCGGGAAUCUCUCAACUCUUCUUACUUUAACCAGUGCUGUUUUCUCAUGGCUAUCCAUAUAAGUAUGAGCAGCUUCCAUGAAAAGUUCAUUGUCAGCAACAACUACCCACACCUUGAAUCGUCCAACAUCAUAUCCGGAUAUUCAAACAACUUGGUGGCUCCCUGUCAUUACUAUUUACUUCCGCUUGGCCUUAUGCAUUCACUCACGGGAUCGGUAAAUAUGGCAAACAACCCCAAACCGUUCCUAGAGACCAAUCGUUCUCUUUCCGAGUUGCAGAAGCAACAAGCAUCACCACACCGGAAAUCCCUUCAAGACUUGCACUUCUUUUUCAAAUUCUGGGAGGGAAAGAAGUAUGAGUAUAUCAUUACCGUCAUGAAAUACCAAUUGGUAUACCCCAACGCUACCAUCCAGCAAUUUCUUCAAAAACUCGAUUGUUUCAAGCAUCUACCAGUGGUUGAGCAGCUGGACAUCAUGGAGUUUUUAGUGUCCACUGGAAUCUAUACGGACGACACUGAUAUUUUCACGUCGUUGAAUCUUUGGGGUGGAACCAAGGCCGUGAAGAGGAUUUCCACCACUCCGUCUGAUGCGUUCCUUGUCAAGUUGAACCCCAGCGUGCUAGCCCUAAGCAUAGUGGGGGGUACGGAGAAUACUGAUGUAUUUAAACACCUCAGAGAACAAAAAUAUGGACCUGAAGAUGUUAUUUACGCUGUACCUAUCGAUGCUGAAAACACCAUUGGAGUGUCGCUCCUGAAAAUCAAUGCCAGAAACUAUAAGAUCAACAUCCACAUCCCCGACUUGAUCACUAAGAUCGCUCCCAGCUCCGAUGCCUUCACCAAGAUGGCGUCACGCCGCUAUAUCCAAAGCCAUAUACAGUUUGACGGUCGGGCAGUAAAGAUAUUUGAUGAAGAAAUUAUUCUGCAGUUCAAAUUCAAAGACCGGUGGAUACAGGGGAUCCUGAAUCAGUUCAAGAGUGUGGCGGACAUUACCGGCAAUCAAAACAAUAGCCAAACAGGAUAUAUGCCUUAUUUAACCAGCUUAACGUUGUCUUUGAAGUUCAAUACCUAUGAUUCAAAUCCAUUCAAAGAUCUUACUGACAGAAUCGAGUUUACUUUUGACAACAUCUCGGACGUUCCAAUGAAGAGUUUAGACCCGACAGAAUUGGAAAAGGUCUUGAGAGGGAAGGAAUCAUCCGUGUUACCUUUUUCUUUGUUCAGGUCUAAAACUGAAGAGUCUCCUUCCAAGUUCGGCAAUGAUGAUUACCACAAUUUGGGGUUCAUUUAUAAUGUGUUCAAGACACACUUCAGUGUCAGAAAUAUUAACGGGGCCGGAAACAUCAACCUAGAGGAGUCUGUCCCCAAGGCUUCAUUCUUCACAAACGAGUUGUCCCACUUUGUGAGUAAUCUCACUUCCAAAUACUGUGAGGAAUACAACGUACCAGUUUUCUCCAGUUCUCAGAACAUACUUGUUGACUCCGCCAAAACCGACCCCCGAGCCGACGAGGUACUCGUGACCCAUAAUAACAUGAUGUUGCCCAAGUUCCACGCCAAUUCGUUUUAUCAAACUCUUGUUUCCAGAGACUUGCACGGAAACGUUUCGCUUCCCGCAUACCUAAUUGGAAAAAACUACCUCUCAAAAGAGACAUUUGGCGUGAAGCGGUCGAGACACAUUCCUCUGGGUACUGAUAGUGGGAAAGUUUCGAUGGUAACCCCAUUCACAAGCUUUGAGUCGCUUCUCAAUCAAUUCCAAAUCCUCAGUAUGAUUAACUACCUUUACAAGACCAAAAACUAUCUCAGUCUCAAAACAGACGAGUAUGAGUUUUCAAGACGGUUUUCGUACCUAAAAGGGUUAGGGUAUAAUCUCAAUAGACCUUUGCCGGACCACGUUCUUCAGAAGUACGUGGAUGAUCUACAAACAAAUAAACUGUUGUGUCAAUACACUGAAGCAGUUGAUCGAAAGCAUCUAGCGUUGAAGACCCUUGAGAAACAGUUAUCGGAAGACACUGUAAAUACACUCCGGUUGGAGUGCGUGAUCACAUCCCCAGGAUUUGAGGUUCCCGACGUCGGUUCUAGCAUCUACAAAUGUUUUGUCAAAGACCUCAACACUGAGGUGGAGGUUUUACUGUCUCAGCCGGCAACAGACUUGACUAUAGGAACAGUUUUGUCAUGCGACCGGGUGAUAUAUUUUGAUCCUACCACCUUUACUUGUGUUCUCGGAGAAUCAAGCAUUCUCUAA